AUGAGUGCCCUAGUACAAGAGAAUAUUGCGGUUAGCCAUAUGGAGAAUUUAAAGGUGUUCAAUGAUGUUCAGAGCUCCAUCUACAGAACAGCCCUAAAACUACGCUCAGUACAAAGUCUGUGCCAAUUGGAUUUGCUUGAUGUUUCUCUGGUUCAGCACUUCCUAUCAAGUGAAUUAAGCCAGAGGGGAAAGCAGAUUGCUCUGAAAGUACAGCAGAUCUCCGGAAUGCAAAAAAUGUUCCAGAGGGUAAGAUUAGAAAAACCAGAUCAGGCACAUCCAAGAGCUGCUGAAUUCACAUUGAGCCUGCUAGCCCCCAUGUAUGACAGAUCUGGAACGGGUUAUAUCAAAAUUAGAUCUGCUGCAGCUGCCCUAAUUGUCUUUUCAGGUGACACUCUACAGACAAAAAUGCUUAAGGAACUAAGUUCGACAGAUAGAGCUUUCUUCCAGCUUUAUGCUGUCCUUGAUGGCAAGGAAGCCUUGAUUACCCGUAGUGCCCUGAGAAGCCUACUAACAGGUAGCCUACUAAAUCAGAUCCCAGGUGUUGUGGGAGAAAGCCUCACUCUGUCUUGUGUGGAAAUUGCGAUUCACAGCUCCUUCCAUGGGGUUCUAAAUUCAGCAAUUGUUGAAGAAAAAUUCUUGCCGUGGCUGAGACUGGAGCCUGCUGUUCUCCUGUGGCUCCCUACAUGUCACAGAUUAUCAGCCACAGAAAUGGUUUCUCACCAAGCUAGAUGUAGAGUCUGCAAAGUUUUCCCCAUUACAGGCCUCAGGUAUCGCUGUCUGAAGUGCCUCAAUUUUGACCUUUGCCAAGUCUGCUUUUUCACUGGCCGUCUCAGCAAGCCACAUAAGAGGUCACGUCCUGUUGUGGAACACUGUGUGCAGAUGUCAGCAAAGGAGAAUGCAAAGCACUUUCUCCGCACCACCAGGAACAACCUGUUUCGAGAGUGCUGCAGAAGAAAGGAGGCUCUAAGAAGGAUGACUCUGAAGAUAGUAGAGGAGAGGCACUUUCCUGCUCCCAAAAAGACUUUACUCAUCAUUUCUCUGCUGGUAUACAAUAUCCCUCCAGAACUCAGUGCUUCACCGCUACCUGGCCCUGAAAACUUGUCUUUCCUAGUAGACAGACCUGUCCUAAAGUUAUCCAAAUUCCUAUCUGAAAACAAUAACAGCAUGACACCAGAGCAAGACAAAACAAAAGCUCAGGUAAUAGCCGCUUCUGAAGCUGAUAUCUUAAAAAGUCACGUCAAAAGCAUUCACAAUGAAAGCCACCCCCGAAAACAGUGGAACUACAGCAAAGUGUUGAAUUUGAUCUCGAAUCUACUCUCCUUAAUUCCUUCAACAAUGUUGCAGUCAUCACAGCAUCCUUUUCCACAGUGUCAGAAUAUGAUGCCCAGAAAUCCACAUGUCCUGCUGGAAAAGAGGAUGCAAGGUGGGUUAAAUCCUGCCCAAAUAAGGCCUGCUUCCAAAGAUUUCCAGAGUGCACAUGCUCUGAAAAUUCCCAACUCUGCUUACAAACACCUGAGGUUCCCACUGCAGUGGAAGUUUGUGUUCUCAGAAGACACAUUGGGUUCAAUGUCCCUGCAGAGCGACAGAUCUUUUGUGGGACAAAAAAAACCAAAAGAGAAUGAAAUGUAUCUACCUGAAUUGGCAGAAAGGUCCCUCAGUGGCUUCAUGAGGAAUCCAGUUCCUACUCCUACUGCAGUGCAGCUACUACCUGAUGAGAAGGAUGUCAGUGAGAAAGUAGAACUGCUGCUUCUAACAAAACUCAAGGAUGCAUUGUCUCUCCAAGCCCAACCGGGUAUAAAUAUCCAAUCUGUUUUGCAGCAGGAGUUCUCUAGAGCGGAACAUGUUUGCAGAUUCUUUUCUGACCUCAUCAACCAAGUAACUUCACCAGCUUGCAAAUGA